GUUAAGAGCCUAUUCGUGUAUCCAGUCUGAGAUAAGAUUAUGAUUUUGUAUCUACCUAGGAAUCUAGGAUCCACACAUUUCUACAUAACUACGAAUCAAAGCUUUCCUUUUCCUGGUCGUUUCCGAACGGAAGGAGCUGUGCACCAUGUACUCACGAUGACCAUCGAACCAGGGUCGCCGAAAAGGCGACAUAUACUCUCCUCUAUCAACCAACGAUAUCGUUCCGCUUCACCUCAACAAAGAGAUGAACAGACGUCACCCGAAGCGGCACCACCACCACAGGAACCACAGCUUGAACCUGAUGUAGGGCUUAUGGGAGAAGGAGUAGCCACAGAAGCGACGGAAAAGAGGAAGAGGACAUCCAAAUUCCGCUUCAAGUCGAAGAAGAGUUCGGACUCCCGUCGUCAUUCCUCCCGGCACCGAGAUGAUGAUGAAGACCGAGACCGAGACCAUGAUCGCACUGAUCGCAACAACAACGACGACGACGAUCGCGAGUCUCGUCGACACCACAGACAUAGACCCCACCGUCACCACCACCGCCACAAACGGCGACGCACCCGCACCCGCUCGCCAACCCCAGAUAACCCAUACGGCCCACCCCCCCUCGACACCGACGCCGCCUUCCGCGAGUCCCUCUUCGACGCCAUGGCCGACGACGAAGGCGCCGCCUACUGGCAGAACGUCUACGGGCAGCCCGUGCACGUGUACCCGCGCUCGCGGCCCACCACCGGCGACGGGCUAGAGCAAAUGAACGACGACGAGUACGCGGCCUUCGUGCGGCAGAAGAUGUGGGAGAAGACGCACCAGGGGCUCCUCGAGGAGCGCGCGCGCCGCGAGGAGCGGCGGAAGCAGAAAGAGCUAGAACAGGAGGAAGCGAAGAAGCUGACGCGCGAGAUGGAGCGCAGCCUCAGGCGCGGCGAGGCGAGAAGGAGGAGGAAGGGGUGGAAGGAGCGCUGGGAGGAGUAUGUGCGGGCGUGGGAGGAAGGGGGGGCGGUGGCGGCGGAGACGAUGGCGUGGCCGGUGAGGAGCGGGAGGAGGGAGGAUGUUGAUGCGGAGGCGGUUAGGGAUUUUUUCGUCGCGGGGAUCGGUGAUGCCGCGGAGGAGGGGGAGGAGGAGGAGGAUGGUGGGGGCGAGAAAGAGAAGAAAACGGAGUUUCUGGCGAAGCUGAAGGAGGAGCGGGUGAGGUGGCACCCCGAUAAGAUACAGCAGAAGCUGGGCGGCAAGGUGGACGAGGCGGUCAUGCGCGAUGUCACGGCCGUUUUCCAGAUCGUGGAUAAGCUGUGGUCGGAUACCCGGGCUAAGAGAUAGUGAGUAAGUGAGUGUUUUGCCUUGUUGCGAGUAAGGGGUCGCCUUAAGAUGAUCUGUUCGGGAACGAGGCAUGUUUCUAUUUACGCACCCAAUGUAAUGCUAUAUGACAUCACACCAUUAACCCCGGAACACUCAAGAGUGCCUACCUAGUAUACAGUACUCUAGUUCCUUGAGUACCUACCUACAUAUAGUUGAAUUACUACAAUGUAGCAUCCCUCCGUAAUAGGGGCAAUGACCCCCCACAGUUUCCCCUCCAAGAUCAAAGUAUGAAAGCUUCAAGAGCAGAGCCCAAAAAAAGUUCCCUUCUAACCCUAUUCCUAACCCUAACCCUACCUACCCAACAACCUCAACCUCCGCCACAACCCCCAAAUGAUCCGUAACCCACGGCUUCUCAAACCCAAGCCUCACGAUCUGAUCCGCCUUCUCCCCCUCCCCAUCACCAUCACCAUCACCAUCACC